AUGCUGGAUGACAAUGGCCCGUCCCGCAGACACGACGCCUACGCGGUCUAUCAAUUACAGGACUUUAGAAAUUAUCCCGCCCUUGGUCUGCCAAGGAAGUCCGAGGACACCAAGAUCGAUGUAUUGAGAAAGGAUGCGGGCUUGGUGGCAGCGGCGGUGCACGCGACGGUCCCCAGUUGGACCACCGUGGUUUUAAUGGUCUCGUUGAUCUUUGGGGGUUGUUGUGCCAAUGUCUUUGCACUCGAGGCGAUCAUCAAAGAACAGCCCACGGCCGGUCCCCUGAUUACCUUCGCGCAAUUCGUGCUGUGCGCAGCCUUUACCUUACCCAGCUUUCUGUCCCUUUCCGCCGGCCCUCGAGCGUUCUUCCUCAGCCCCCGGGUCAUUCCCCUUAGGUCAUGGCUGGUCUACACCGCGUUUUUUGUAACGGUCAAUGUGUUGAACAAUUGGGCCUUUGCAUACAAGAUCUCGGUGCCACUCCAUAUCAUCCUCCGGUCCGGUGGCCCUGUGGCGUCUAUGGUGGUUGGAUAUCUUUUCAAUAACAAACGGUAUUCCCGAGGCCAGGUCCUUGCGGUGGCCAUGCUGACCCUGGGCGUGGUCGCCGCCGCGUUAGCGGAUGCACAGGCCAAGGGCCAUUCGAUGGCAUCUGCGGGCACGGGAGUGGCCAUGACGACCACUGCGACGGGGUUCAUCAUUCUGGCGUUGGCGAUGGUGCUGGCAGCCUUUCAGGGCAUUUACGCAGACCGGCUGUAUGCCACUUACGGCAGAGACCAUUGGAAAGAGGCCUUGUUUUACUCGCACACGCUCUCUUUGCCUCUGUUCUUAACCAGCUGCUCCCAGCUUUCCUCUCAAUGGCAAAGCGUAUCCGAGACACCCUCGCUCCUCUCCAAACUUCCCCUUGGACAGCCAGAUCAGCCGGAACUCCUAUCGACCUCAACAAGUCGCUCGACUCUGCCGUUGCUGGCACUGGUGCAGAAUCAUCCGUCGAUUCAAUCUGCCCUGGGCCGGCUUCCGAUCCAAGUGGCGUAUCUGAUGAUGAACGCUCUCACUCAGUAUUUGUGCAUCCGCGGGGUCCACCUAUUGUCCGCCAAGUCCUCGUCGCUGACAGUCACCAUUGUCUUGAAUAUCCGCAAACUCGUCUCUCUCCUCCUAUCGAUCUAUCUAUUUGGGAAUCAUUUGGCCUGGGGUGUGCUGGUCGGCGCAGCUCUGGUGUUUGUCGGUGGUGGUUUGUAUGGCUUCGAAGGUGCCCGCCUGAGGAAUUUCUCUACGAGAAAAGCUCGGUGA